AUGUCAGGCUAUAACGUCGAAUCUGCAAACUUGCAAUACUCGUUGCUACCUCCUCAACCUACAAAACCAAACCACCAUUAUCUCUCCUCUAUGAACAAUCAACAGGAUUCAGCAACUGAUAAUCAGCCUAAUGAGCAGUACUUCGGCAAUUCUGGUUACUAUUACAAUGAACAAAGACCUUCCACUGAUGCUGCUAAUAACCAUCAACAGCCUGCUCCAUCAUUAGGCAAUACCCCAUCAACUGCUAAUAAUGCCAGCAGCAACAGUAAUCAGAACUUGUUCUCUUAUUCAAAUAUGUACUACCAAGGGCCAGCGGAAACACCAUCACAAUAUUCUGCUUCUUCACAUCCUUCAACAGCCUCUAUGCCAAACAAUGCCACUGGUACAGCAACUCCUUUUAGCUCUUACACUUACCCAACAAGAUCCUUCUCAAGUGUUCACCCAGGGUCUACCACUGGACACCAGCUUGUGUACAGCGGAAUGCAAGGGUAUCCACCUGACCAGCAACCACCAUCACACCCAGGACAACCUCCAAUGAAGCGUUACUCGGUAUCAUAUCCAAUGGGUGCUAAUUUGCAAGGGACUUUCCCAUCAUCGAGCAUGAAUUAUGCCGAACCAUCCCAACAAUACGGCCAAUUGAGCUAUGCUUUCAAUCAAGCUCCAAAGCAAAUAAACAUGUCUCCUACGCAGUACAAGGACCAAGCUAGUGUUGCUGAUCCUACCACUACUGCUACUGCUGGCACUACCCCAGGCACCAAUGCUACUACUUCUACUCCUUAUUACUCUUUCAAUAGCAAUUACUACUACAACCAACCUUAUGGUCAAAUAGGAGGCUCUGCUAACAAUAACUUGGUGAUGAAGAAUGAAGACUUCCUUAAUGAUUUGUCUCCAACGGUGGUAGGGUUCGGUCACCCACAUACCCCAAUUUCGUCCUCUCAUAAAGCAAAGAAUGAAGAUGCUGUUGACCCUCACCCUAUUCCUUUGAACUUGGGAAACUCAUCACAACCUUCAAACUACAACUCGCAACAACAAUACUCACAAUCGAUCACUGAGUACGGGUCAAACAAGGACAUCUUCCAAGCAUUCAAGAAUCGUCUUGAUGGUCUCAAGCAUGUGAAGCUAAUCAGAACUAACACUUUGCCUAAAGAAGAAAUCUCCAAAAAUAUCACCGUUAUUGAAAACAACAACAAGAAAGUUUAUUUCAACUUUGAAUACCCAACUGUCUCCAUCACUUUCCAAGAACCAAUCAACAAUGUUACCUUCGAUUGGUCCGAAGCUGAGAAAUCUGGCGAAAAGCGGAGAUUGGUGCUCUUUUACUGGGAUUUCUGUUUGGUCAAGGCCAAUCAUGUCAUCAAUAAUGGUGUUUCCCGUGAUGCUUCUCCACCUCUUCCAAUGCCACAAGCUCACACUACUGAGUUCUUCAAUGAAAACUUGGAAUACAUCAAAUCGAUUCUCCACUUGAAGCAUGAAAUCAUCACCCAAGAAGAAUACCAAAUCUUGUUCGAAGACCACCCAGCCACUAGUAUUAGUGAUUACCGUUUGAAGCAGCUUACUUCCAUCAUCAAGGACCCAGUCACCAAUACCAUGAAAUCCACUUUCGGAAUAAUUUCUUGCUUGUAUUGGAACCAUACUGAUAAUUUCUAUUUGACCUCUGUUGAUUUGUUGUUUUUGUUGGAUAAGCUCAGUGGUCGUACUUCAAGCAUUGCCAACAACGUUUCCAUUGCCGAUAUUGUCGUUGUUAAUGGUUGUGGUGAUGCUAAAAGGAGUACUGGUAGUGGUGCUCCUGGUCGUCUUGUUGGUGCCACUUUAGUGUCGAAGAAGGGCAAGUUUGCUUCCAAGCUGCAGGUGAAGAAGUUGAAGCAGGCCGCCAAGUUUUUGAAGGCUAUUGAUGGGAAGGAAAUCAACAGAAUCAGAAGAAACUUGUUGAACUUCAAGAGCAUCACUUUGGGAAAACAGGAAGCCGAAUAUGAAGACGAUUUGAGACGUCGUCACCAACAGUAUCAACAGCUUCAAGGAAACCAUCAAGUUGCCUCGACUUCCCAGGGUGCUUCCAACUUUGGUACCGAAGAGGAAAUGAUGUUUUUCCAUAAAAUCAUGUCUUUCUCGAAUCCAAAACCAAGAAAGAUCGAGAAGAAGUUGAAAGUUUAUGAAUGGAGAGUUCUUGAACAAGCUUUGGAUAAAAUCAUGAAGAAGUAUUGUGUUGAUUUGAAGAAUGGAAGCAGUGGUAUUUCUGAUGAUUUGAGAGAAAGUGGAUUGUAUUAA